AUGGCGACGCCCGAGCCAACCACAAGCUCAUCAUCAGAAGAUAAUAUUCGACGUCUCCAGGAGUCCCGCCCACCUGUCACCGAUAAAUUCACCUAUCUCACCAUCAUAGAGAAGUCAUUGUCGCCAGAGAUCUUGCCUGCGCUCCAGGAUAUAUUGCAGGAUGUGGAGCUCACAACUGACAUUGGUUGGGACCUCGUGGAGAUGCUCAUCGCUGUACCUGGUAGCGAGGCCUGCUUAGAGAGCAUCGCUCGCCUUGGGAAUCCGCGAGAGGUGAUUUUGAAAGUCUUGCAAGUCAUGGAAACCACGGCUGGCGAGGGAGAAGGAGGCUCACGAGGUAACAAGUACUUUGUCAUUCUGUGCGGCAUGCUUGGCAUCCUGCAUAAGCGGCUCCAAGUCAAGGCUCCAUCACGGUUCCUGCAUACCACCCUGGACACGGUAUACCGAUCCUACGACCCGGCUAGUCCAGAGUCAACUGCGGCAAUAAUAUCACUUCUGCAGUCGCUCUCGGCGCAGAAAAGGCCACCGCUGCCGGCGAGACAGUCAAGUACGAUUCUGGAAACGCCACUACACGCUACCGACGGCGCGGAGAACGCCCCGGACCCUGAGGCUGACAAGUCUGAUAGACCCAAUGACGCCGAACCCGAAAUCAUGAAUCAUCUGCUACGGUCAUUCAUCACAUGCGUCAUCGAGGCCUACGUGAACUCCAAUAGCCUAGAAUGGGCGAGCAGGAUUCUGGAAUACACGUAUCCCCAAAGGAUAGUACCAACAAAGAAGACGAUGAUGCAGGCCUUUAACGAGGUGGACGAGUUGCGGGCCAUGGACGCGUUGGUCGGCCAGCUGACGGCCGUUGCUGGAGACCUCGGCUUCACAAAGCUGACCUAUGCUGAACUGCGGCUCCUCCUUCUAGCCCCGGUUGUUAGGGAUCCGCUAGCGAUUGAGUUUGAGCCAUCCAACGCCAACGACAUCAAACUGUCGGGAGGCGGAUUGCUGUGUCUCAUUGCGUACUGGGUUGUCGCUGGGGAUGUUUUUGAUGCGGAUCAGCCGCGACCCGAGAUGUUCACGUUUCCGGACCAUCAUGAACUGUUGAGGCACUACCUCGGAGACGAUCCCCAGUCUGAAAUUCUGAACCAGCCGGGGACUGUGGAGGCUCUCAUUGUUCUUGCUGUCUGGCUGCAUGGCCGGAAAAGAAUUGCCGCUGGCGGCGAUUCGGGUAGUGCAGACGCCAAGGACAGCUACAUGCCGUACCACCACCUCAUCACCCUGGUUUCCGUCUUUCACCCCAACCUCCGCGUCAGAAAUGCGUCAACAGUCCUUGCUGGUGCUGUUCUCCACGCAGACCCGGACGAAGACGACAGGCUGGCCAUUCUGGAGGAUCUUCUCGAAAACUGCAUGUUUUCCUCCCUUCAGGCAUGUGCCGUGGCUUGGCUCAAGGAGGAAGUGAUUGCGGCGCGGAAAAACAAUUCUCAGGGACACUUCAGCAGUCCCGACUGCUUCGAGGCCAUACAAUACACCCUCUUUCCCAGCCUGACACAUCUCAGAGAAGCGGAUAUUGAGACUCUGAUGGAGUUCUGGGCAGAGAGCUCUUCGUUCCACCUCCAAGUGGCCAAUUUCCUCGUGUUCUUGUUCGAAAACGACUACAAGGACCUGGCCGCACCGGGUAUGGCGGCAGCCAUUGACUACCGAUAUGUGCAACCACUGUCCCAAGCUGCGCGAACGCUCAUGGAUGCCAUUGAAAAUGGCGAGACGGACAUGUCAGAAGAUUGCAGAGCCACGGUCAUGGAGCUGGGAAUAUUGAAGACGACUUUGGACCGCGUGCCUCUACAUUGA